AUGGAUAAAGACAAGUACAGUCCGCAUCGAUAUAUAUCAAUGUUUUCACGUUCACAAAAGGAAUUGCACAUUAAAGACAUGAAAACAGGCGAGCUGUUCAAGUUGUGCAACGUUCCAACCAAUUUCUUUGGCCGCACUAUCCUUGAAGAAACCGGCCUCUUUCAUGUUAUAUGUAAGACAUUUUUUAAUUCGAAAUACAGUGGAACCCCUGUAUAACGAAUUGCUCACGGAUUAACAAGUUGUUCGUUAAAAAGGAGUGUUCUUAUACAGGAGUUUUAAAUGCACUGUGUAGUGUUAUACGGGAAUUUAAAUUUUGUUCGUUAUACAGGAGUUCCACUGUUGAAGAUAUUCAGCAAAGUACUAAAUCGCGCUUCCUAGUCAAUAUCGAGAAAAUCGAGAUUAAAAAAUGACGUUAUGAAUAUCCCGCCAAAUUAGCAUUGAGUUUCAAGCUUAUAAAUUUGUCUUUUAAUUAUUUUUCUUUGAUAUACUAGUAGAAAACCUUUAAACGAACAUAUAUUUUUAAAUUUUUAAGUGUAGCUUGUCUGGAAAGCAGAAAAAAAGGGUUUUAAACAAUUUUCAGAUAAGCUCGAUGGCUACGAUACAAUACAAUUUUACGACAUAAAAACGCGACAAAAAAUAUUUGAACGCUCAUAUGUUUCAACUGACAAAUCUUGGUACCCCCUUUCAAAUUAUGCCCUGUUUAACUAUGAUAGUGGCGAGGUAAGCGUUAAAAAAAUUAUUUAAAAAAAGUUAGAACGAUUGUUAUUAUUAAAACUUUAGUACAUCAUUUACAAUCCCAGAAAGAGACAAUUUUAUUCGAGAUUCAUCAACUGCCUGUAUCCAGAAUCUCACGAACAUAUCUCUCCAGAAGGAAUGUUUGAGUGUAGGUUUUCAUCAAUUCGCAGAACAGAAGGCCGUAGAUGUUUCGAUUAUUGCAUCUUACAUAAAUCUACGUUCUAUUUCGAUUACACAAAAGGUAAUAAAAAACCAAUAGGUUAUCGUUAAAAGUUAGUUAAACACACAUUGAUAUAAUAAAAUGACAUUUUUUAGAUAAACUCAGAUUGAUGCCUAUUGAUGUAGAUGAAACAGCAUAUGUUGACGAAAUAUGCAACCAAUGUGGAAUUUUUUUAAAGGAACAUCAAAACAUGACAAUUACUGCGUUAGCUGUUGCAAUGAAACAGUUUUUUGUAACAAAAAUACAAUUAUUGAAGACACGCCCAGCAAUUCCCAAAGUAACCAAAUUUAAUAAUGGGUUCCACUUUAUCACUAAGCUCACGUUUUUUCGGUCUCGUAAUGCUAACUAA